GGCUCCCGGAAUCGCCCUGAUAUAGUGGUAAUCGAUAAAGUGGGCAGAACAGCCGUCAUAGUCGACGUUACCAUCCCGUUUGAAAAUGGGAGGGACGCGUUCGACGCGGCCAGGCAACGAAAGAUCGAGCACUACGCACCCGAAGCCGUCCUCCUGUCUCAACAGGGCUUUCGGGUCACCACCGAAGCGCUCAUCUUAGGUGCUCUGGGCGCAUGGGACCCACAAAACGACAGUGUGCUCCGGCUCCUAGGAGUCGGGCGGCGGUACGCAGGUCUCCUGCGAAAACUUGCCAUCGCGGACAUCCUCCAGGUCUCGGUCGAAAUCUACUUUUCCCAUACAGGCCCCGACCACCAGGAGGAUGCCGUCGACCAAGUACUGCCCCGCAGCGAGCCACAACCGAUCACCGAAGAAGAAGAGGGGGACAGAGAACUCACCCCGACGGAGGGCAGACAGCCAGUCUUUGUCAACCCUGACUCUCCGACGGACUCUCCAACUGCUAGCUCCUAG